GAGGUUAGAUUGAUUUACAUAUCAUUUGUCACAACUUCGCAAAUCAAAAUCAUCACCAGAUUUGUCAUUUUAUCGUACGAUUUUUGAAGAAAAUGAAAGUGAAAUCUGGAAAUUGAAUCAUGUUUUAUUAGACUGUUCCAGAGUAUUCCUAUCAAUUCGCCAGUACUAUUCAAUAAUACCCACUAGUUAUUAACAGGAUGAAGCUUUAUAGACAGAAGAUUUUGUCAGAAUCUCAGCUGAAGAAGUUAGGUGAACAUCAGUAUUCUUGCCAGAGCGUUAGUAUUUUGGAUACACUUUUACAACCAUAUUGGAGUUGGUUGGUGCUGAAACUACCUAUUUGGCUAGCCCCCAAUUUAAUCACAAUUUUGGGAUUGUUGAUCAAUAUUUUCACUGCCUUAAUAUUAGUAUGGUACUCUCCUGAUGCAAGAUCUGAGCCUCCAAGAUGGUCCUUUGCCCUAUGUGCCUUGGGAUUGUUUACUUACCAGAGCUUGGAUGCAAUUGAUGGCAAGCAAGCUAGAAGGACAGGGUCUGCAAACCCUUUGGGAGAAUUGUUUGACCAUGGGUGUGAUUCAAUUUCCACUGUUUUUGUUGCACUUUCUGCUUGUAUAGCUAUACAACUGGGAAAUUAUCCAGGAUGGAUGUUCUUCCAAUGUUUCUGUGCUAUUACAUUAUUCUAUUGUGCACAUUGGCAGACUUAUGUAUCAGGAACCUUGAGAUUUGGAAAAAUUGAUGUUACUGAAGCACAGUUUACUAUUAUGGGGAUAUUAUUAUUGUCUACCAUAUUUGGCCCAAGUAUGUGGUCUAUGAAGUUUUUUAGUGAUAAUUUUCAAAUCUGGUAUCUGAUUCCUAUCAGUACAUUAGCCUGUGGACUUGUGGCAUUGUAUAGCAGCCUGACAGUUAUUUGCACUGGUGGUAUUGGCAAAAAUGGAUCCACUGUUGCAGGUACGAGCGUUCUAUCUCCAAUAAUACCAUUCACUUUAGUUUUGGUACCAGCUUUCAUAAUAUACAAAAAGUCCACUCAAGACAUCUAUCAGAACCACCCAGCCUUAUAUAUUUUAUCUUUCGGAUUGGUCGCUGCCAAGGUCACCAACAGAUUGGUGGUCGCCCACAUGACGAAAAGUGAAAUGGAAUACAUUGAUUGGUCUCUGAUGGGACCAGCAAUGUUGUUUUUGAACCAGUAUUUCAACACCUUUAUCAAUGAAUACUACAUUUUGUGGCUGUGUUUGAUUUGGGUGGCCAUCGACCUCGUCAGAUACUGUUACCAGGUGUGCGAGGAAAUCUGCGACUACUUGCACAUCGAUCUGUUCCGGAUUCCGUAUCCGGGCGGGCCCCAGAAGCCCCGCGUCCCGGACUCGACUGCGGGGGCCGAGAAAAACGGCAGACUAGACAAGAAAUUCCAGUCUGAUGAAGAAGAUGCUGUGCCUCUCUUGCAGAGCAUGGAAAACUGAAAAUUUGCUUGAUGUCACCUUUGAAAUUUUCAGAGUAAAGUAUUUUGAUAUACACAAAGUAUUCAUUUCUUGAUGAAGGCUAUGAGAGCCCUGUCCCUAAAGAGAUCAGGGAAUAGGAGAAUAAGUCUCAGAACACAUUAAUUUUGUAACAGACAUUUAUUUUGAUACCAGAAAUUAAAACAUUUCAAUC